AUGAAUAUAAAUAGUGAAGAGAACUUCAUCAAAGAUGAAGAGAUGUCUGUUGAUAAUGAUUUUGAUAUUUCAAAAGAUUUAGAAGAAAUCAACACUUUAUUAGAUAAACUUAUGAAACAACCAUUUGAUUAUGAUUCACAUAUUAAAUAUAUCAAUUUACUUAAAAAACAUAAAAUGACAGAUGAAUUGAGAAGUGCACGGGAGGCUAUGCAAGUUUAUUUUCCACUAACAGAAGAAAUGUGGAUAGAAUGGUUAGAUGAUCAAGAAGAAUUAGCAUUAACAUCCGAUGAUAAAAUCUCCCUUCUGGAACUAUAUUCGAAAUCAGUUGAAGACUAUCUUUCUAUCAAUUUAUGGAAAAAAUAUAUUACUUAUGUCAGAACUCAGGUAGAAAUGGCAUCUAGCAAUGAAAAAUCAGAUCUAAAAGAAUUAUUCAAUCAAAAUUUUCUUGAAAACAUUUAUCUUCAAGCAUAUUCUGCUACUAAAUACCAUAUUUUACAGAGCAAUGAAAUAUGGUCUAUUUAUCGUGAUUACAAAGUUCAGAUGUUAAAAGAAAAUCCAAGUCUCGAAAAUAUUCAAGAUGUAAAACAAAUUUAUAUAGAAAGAUUAAAAAUUCCUCAUUUUGGAAUGGAAACAUGCUUCUCUGAUUUUUCUAGCUUUAUAACUAAUUAUGAUAAUACAAAUUAUGAAGAAAUUAUGGUUUCAACUAAUAAAAUAUAUAGUCCUGCUUUAGUUAAAUAUCAAGAAAGGGAUUUUCAUGAGAUGGAAUUAUCAAAAUAUAACUAUGCUUACGAUCAAUAUGUUAAAUAUUUAGAAUGGGAAUUACAUCAAAAACCUCAAGAAAUAGGGUUAAUAUGUACAUUAUUUGAACGAUUUCUUAAGAGUUAUCCUCUAUCAGCAGACAUAUGGGAAGAUUACACUCAAUUUAUGUUUGAAAAAUCAUCUAUCAAUAAAAUAAAUGAUUUUUUUUUGCAAAGAUCUGUUAAAAACUAUCCAUGGAGUGGGAUGCUUUGGGCACAUUAUAUAUAUGUACUUGAACAUAAUAACUCUUCUUUAAGUGAAAUAUGCUCACUUAAAAAUCGUUCAAUCGAAUUAGGAACACUUUUUCAUGAUGUAGAAGAAUUUGUAAAAGUUUUAGAAGCAUGGUGUGGAUAUUGUAAACGUAGGGUUAUAGUAUGGGAUAAUAAUGAUGAAAAAGUCCAAUACGUUAUAAAAGAGUUGCAAACGUCAAUCAAACUACUUAAAAAUGUAUUUAAAACAUCUGAUAGACAAAAAAGACUCGAAAAAAUGCUAAUUUCUAUAAAUACGAAAUUAGGAAAUAUGAAUGAAGCACGUAAAAUUUGGAAAAAUAUAUUAAAAAAUCAUAAUACAGAAACUAAAUAUUGGCUACAAUAUUUUAUAUGGGAAAGACAUUAUGGAGAAAUAAAUAUUGCCAUGAAUAUUUUGAAAAAUGCUAGUUUAAAACAUCUAGAUUUCCCCGAAUUGAUUUUCGAUAUAUAUAGAGAUUUUGUUAUAGAAGAAGGAACAUUAGAAUCAUUAGAAAAAGCGGAGACAAUUAUACAUAAAGGUACCAGAAAUAUACGGAAAAUAAAAGAAAAGGAAAUAAAUAUUCAAAACAAAAAUAACCAAUUAUUUGAGGAAUCAAAAGAAAAACUUGAAGAGAUACCAACAGAUGAUAAUAUUAAUAAUCAAAAAAAAACAAAAAUUGAAAAUAAAAUUAAACGAAACAGAGAAAAUACUACUGUUAGAGUAACAGGAUUGCCAAAACCAGUUUCUGUUGAGCAGUUACAUCACUUUUUUUGUGGAUGUGGUGAUAUUAUAGAUACGAAAAUUAUGGAGGAAUCAUCAAAAGAUUCAUCAACAGCAUUUGUAGAAUUUGCUACUCUAGAAGAUACUAAAUGUGCUCUAACGAAGAAUUACAAGAAAUUGAAUCAAAAAGAAAUUCUAGUUGAACUUGCUACUGAAACAACAUUAUGGGUAACAAAUUUUCCACCCUCAGCAGAUGAAAAAUUUAUUUAUCAACUUUUUCAAGAGUAUGGAGAUGUAGUUGAAGUUCGAUUUCCAAGUUUACGUUAUAAUUCACGUAGAAGAUUUUGUUAUGUUCAAAUGAAAUAUCCGGAACAAGCAUUAGCUUCUCUUUCUUUACAUGGGCAAACUUUUGAAAAAAAAUAUAAGCUUGUAGUUAGUAUAUCAGAUUCAUCAAAAAAAGAAAAUAGAAAAGAAGCAACUUCAGAAGGAAGAAAAAUUAUUGUUUCUAAUAUUUCUCCAGAAUCAACUGAAGAUAACUUAAUAAAUUUAUUCUCUAAAUAUGGAACUAUAGAACGUAUACGGCUCAUUUAUGAUAGAAAUUCAGAAUACCAUAAAGGUUUUUGCUAUAUAGUUUAUGCUACAGCAGAACAAGCAUACUCUGCAUUAGAUGCCGAUAAGCAAGAAUUACAUUCAAAGCCUAUAUCUGUAAAAUUUGUAGGAGUAAAAAAUAAGGAUCAUUUAAAAAAAAACAGAAAAAAUGAAGAAGAUAUAUCUUUACACGAAAGUACUGUUUCAGAAGAAAAAACUAAACCUGCCUUAUCUUUUCAUGAAAUCAAAGACAAAUCGCUCGGCAUCUUAUAUCUUCCAGAUACUGUUAAUCAAACUAGAAUAGAAGAUGUCUUUAAAACUUAUGGAAGCAUUAAUAAAAUUGAACUAAGACCUGACCAUCAAGGUGCUAUCGUUCAAUAUAAACAUGCAUCUGAUGCAGGAAGAGCCGCUAUGGCAUUAGAUGGAUAUGUUUUUUCUGAUAGAAAAAUACGUAUUGUUACUGUUGAAACUUUACUUCAACAUAACCCUAAAAAAAUUUCACUACAAAAUCCAGAUCUUGUUCUUCCAAAAAUUACUGAUCCAAAACCUAGACGACAAAGACUUUCUAUUAAUGAAAAUCCCAUAUCUUUACCUAAAAAACGACUCAAAAUAUCUACUCAAAACAAUGAUUCAUCCUAUAUUCAGUCAUUAUCAACAUAUAAUAAUGAUGAUUUUCGUUCCAUGUUUUUAAAUAAAUUAUAA